AUGUGGCCAUUGAGCCACAGUCCGUCGGUAUAUGCGCCCCAGUCGGGACAUGUGCCGUCGGUUGAUUGCAUAUAUAAAUCCGCCGUUGGUAUUGCACAUCACGCAUACCUCAUCUUUGCUUCUGCCACCACGAUGUCCACUGAAUCGACACCCGCGACGGCCAAAACUCCGUCGGCUCCCUCUUUUCAGUUGUUUUCACUAGUUGGACAGACAGCUAUUGUUACAGGUGGCACACGGGGUAUCGGUGCUGCAUGUGCGAUCGCUCUCGCCGAAGCAGGCGCAGAUAUAUGCCUCAUUCAACGCGACGAGUCUAACACUACUACACGUGAUGCUAUUCGGGCCCUAGGUCGACGUGCCGAUAUUGCCGUCUGUGAUCUCUCAGACCUCGAGGCUGUCAAGACCGUCUUCGAUCGCGCCCUUGAACUCAUGGGUGGUCAGAUCCACAUCAUGGUUAACUGCGGGGGGAUUCAACGCCGUGCGCCGGCUGUGGAGUUUCCCGAAUCAUAUUGGGAUGAGGUGAUCAAUGUGAACCUCAAAGCAGUAUGGCUCUUAUCGCAGGCAGCUGGGAGACACAUGGUUCCGAAAGGACGAGGGAAGAUUAUCAACUUUGGGUCACUAAUGUGCUAUCAGGGUGGGAUCACCGUCCCGGCAUACGCGGCUGCCAAAGGUGGUCUAGGACAACUUACGAAGGCACUUAGCAACGAAUGGAGUAAACAUAAUGUGCAAGUGAAUGCGAUAUGCCCCGGGUACAUUGCUACAGAUAUGAACGAGAAGUUGCUAGCCGAUCCUAACCGCCUUCGUCAAAUCUCAGAGCGAAUUCCCGCAGGGCGUUGGGGAGAACCCAAAGAUUUUGCAGGACCAACAGUAUUUCUUGCGAGCUCGGCAAGUUUAUACGUUUCUGGCGAGCUCCUGGUUGUUGAUGGCGGUUGGAUGGGUCGGCGCGAGGGAAUCCUGAAGGGUUUCGACAUGAGAAAAACGACGAUAUUAUCACUCACUGGUGUCGCAGCGGCAGCCAGUAUCAGCCUUCCUGCAAUCCCGGCUUCUCCACUGUCAACUGCAUCUCAAAUCCUCGAUCGUCGACUGGCUUCAUUUUCGAUCGAAUUUUCGUUGGUCGAGCGUACCGGGACUUGGGCCGGAUAUCGCCCCGGAGGUAUUACCGUAGAUAGUUCGAUAUUUGACCCAAAUGCUCCGGCACUCGAUCUAGUCUAA